ACAGGGCGGAAGUGCCGGAGCUCCGGGCAGAGCCCAGCGGCAGGCAGGGAGCCGCGGGGGUUCCCUUGAGUUGGCUGGGCCAUGGCCGGGGUCGCGUGUUUGGGAAAAACUACGGACGCGGAUGAAUGGUGCGACAGCGGCCUGGGCUCUCUGGGGCCGGACGCAGCGGCGCCAGGAGGACCGGGGCUGGGCGCAGAGCUGGGCCCGGGACUAUCGUGGGCACCCCUGGUUUUCGGCUACGUCACUGAGGAUGGAGACACGGCACUACACUUGGCCGUCAUCCAUCAGCAUGAGCCCUUCUUGGACUUCCUCCUGGGCUUCUCAGCAGGCACCGAGUACCUAGAUCUGCAGAAUGACCUAGGCCAGACAGCCUUGCACCUGGCAGCCAUCCUGGGGGAGGCAUCCAUAGUGGAGAAGUUGUACGCAGCUGGCGCUGGGGUGCACAUCGCUGAGCGUGGGGGCCACACAGCGCUGCACCUGGCUUGCCGUGUGGGGGCGCACGCCUGCGCAUGUGUGCUGCUCCAGCCCCGCCCCCAGCGCCCCAGGGACUACCUCACUCAGAGCCUCGAGCACCCCGAGCACCCUGAGCAUGCCUCCCACACCAACCACACCUCAGUUGCCUCAACCCCGGAACCUGACUUGGAGAAGGAAGAGGAGGAGAAUGAAGAGGAUUGGAAGCUGCAGCUGGAGGCUGAGAACUACGAGGGCCACACCCCACUCCAUGUGGCUGUCAUCCACAAAGAUGCAGAAAUGGUCCGCUUGCUGUGUGACGCUGGGGCCGACCUCAACAAACCGGAGCCCACAUGUGGCCGGAGCCCACUGCACUUGGCCGUGGAGGCCCAGGCAGCCGACGUCCUGGAGCUCCUGCUGAGGACCGGUGCACACCCUGCCGCCCGCAUGUAUGGGGGCCGCACCCCGCUGGGCAGCGCCCUUUUGCGGCCCAACCCUACCCUUGCCCGCCUGCUCCGCGCACAUGGAGCCCCGGAGCCUGAGGACGAGGACAGACCCAGCCCCUCCAGCAGCAGCAGUGACAGUGACAGCGAUAGUGACAACGCGGAUGAGGGCACUGAAUAUGAUGACAUCGUGGUCCACAGCAACCGGAGCCAAAGCCGGCCAUCUCCCAGUCCGCCCUCCAAACCUCGCCCCGAAGACCCCACCUCUGUCUGAUUUUUAAAUUGUUAAUAUAAUUUCCC